AGCUCAGCCGCUGGUUACUGGGCUGGCCAAAUUCACCUCCGCACUGCGACACAGCUUUAUCAUUCACACCGUGCCGUACCACCUAGCAUCCUACAACGCGACACUCUCCCACAUAUUAGACGGCAGCUGAGACAUGACUCAUAGAGAGAAUUAGAAGCACACGAAUAUGGCAGCGUUCCGAGCCCAACUCCGGCGACGGAGCAUGUUAAUCACCCUUGGGCUGGUAGCCAUCUUCAUCUGGACGCUCGCAUCCUGUCGGUCGCAGAACACCACGACGUCUACCAGCCAUGAACAGUUCUGGACUGAGUUUCAUCCCAUGCUGGUGGCCUCAGAGCCCUACGCCAAUUCUCCUACGAGGAUCAGAAACGCCGAGUCUGAGGGCUUCGACCCGAAAAACACAGAUCCGCUGCCUGACUUACUUCGCCUGUCCAAAGAGGAUGUCUCCGCGAUGAGAAUAGCACACAGCAAAUUCCUCGAUAUGCUUAAGCAGACCCCACCAAAACUACACUACCAAGCUCACACUCGUGGCCUCGUCUCAACAGCUGGCGGCUCUUACCUCCCUGUCCUCGUUAUCUCCCUACGGAUGCUUCGCCAGAGUGGCUCAAACCUUCCGAUGGAAGUCUUCCUCGCUAGCUGGGACGAGUAUGAUGGCUAUGUCUGUCAGGUCGUUCUUCCCUCCCUCAAUGCGCAAUGUGUCGUUCUGUCUGAGAUCCUUGAUGCCGUUACCGACAGCAAGGCCUCCAUCGAGAAAUAUCAAUACAAAGUCUUUGCCAUGAUGUUCUCCUCAUUCGAGGAGAUCCUGUUCCUAGACGCAGAUGCAUUUGCUCUUCAGGACCCGGAAGUGUUAUUCAGAUCCGAACCCUUUAUCUCAAAAGGUCUAGUCACCUGGCCGGACUUCUGGCGGCCGACAACGUCACCGCUAUACUACGAGAUUGUGACACAAGAUAAAACGGCCGGGAAGAACAAAGAGCAACAAAACCAACAACAACAAAAUCCCGCUACGAUUCGCCAAUCCACCGAGUCUGGAGAACUGCUCCUCUCCAAGCGAACGCAUACCCGGACCCUUCUGCUCGCAGCAUACUACAACUUCUACGGCCCAAGCCACUACUACCCUCUUCUUUCGCAAGGCGCCGCCGGGGAAGGCGACAAAGAGACCUUCGUUGCAGCAGCAAUCGCCCUUAACGAGCCCUUCUAUCAAGUCAGCGAGCCAAUUCGCGCUGUUGGUAGGGGAACGCCCGAUGGCUUUGCAGGGUCCACCAUGGUCCAGUACAAUCCGAUAGAAGAUUAUGCCUUGACCAAGAAAGGCGAGUGGCGCAUUCGGGGCGCAUCCGUACCACCCCCACAUCCAUUCUUUGUCCACGUCAACUUUCCCAAGUUCAAUCCAGCUACGGUGUUCAAUGAUAACGGGCCUGUCGUUGAUGAGCGAGGGAGGUAUACGCGGGCGUGGACGGCACCGGACGAUGUGGUGGAGGCUUUUGGAGGAAUAAAGACGGAGAAAGCAUACUGGAAAGAGAUUCUUUGGACGGCGUGUGCUCUAGAGGGUAAGAGUAUUAGUUGGAAGGGAAGGGAUGAUAUAUGUUCCAAGACGACAGAUUACUGGAGUACGAUCUUCGAGAAAUCAGAGGGGUUAGACCUUGCUUAGGCCUUUUGUGGGAAUCUUUGUUCAUAGGAUGGAUAUCCAUGGGAUCUUGUGCUGGUUACAAGAGAUGGAUGUGUUGUAUAUAUCUUGGGGAUAUGUUUGGUUUUCUAUAAUUGAUGAUUCAUAACGU